AUGGGCAGGCUAGGACCCUUGACCUCCAUGGCAUUGGGCCGUUCGCCCUACGACGACGUCGUGGAAGGUACCGGCGAGGAUGAUCCUCACGAGCCCCCACGCCAGUACGACGAAAAGGGCCGCAUCAUCAACCCAGAGACGAAGCAAAGGAUCAAGGAUGUCAUUCGCGCCCACAAUGAGGUGAUGGAGGUCAUUGGCGUGGCCGAGCCCGACUCCACGGCCGAGACCGAAGAAAUGAUCAUGGCUCGUGAACACCAGAUAUAUGAGACGGAAACCGGCCACACUCUGCUCAACCUUGGUAGGACCCUUGGUAUUUUCGGUAUCUGGGGUGUCCACGGCGUGCGCCAAAGAAUCAUGCUGUACAAACCAUAUUCAAAUGUACAAUUUCUGCAGCUUAUGCAGUAUGAGCGCGAACAGCACACGCUCAGUCGGUUACUACUGACUGGUUUGCCUCCUUUCAUUGUAAUGCAGGGAUUACACUAUUCGCGGUUGUCCAUAGAUUGGGUAAUUGAAAGACGCUGGUUGAGAUUUGGGUUGUCAUGGUGCCAGUUCCAUCUGCACCUUUUCUUGACCAUGCAGAGAUUAGGUCUCAUCUCGAGCUCGAGCUGGUUCCCCGGAUUGAAAUUUUUCAUCCCCUUUACGGACGCUUCACCCAUACCAGCUCCGCCAGCCAUUGGCAUAAUUGGUCCAGCAGCCGUUGGAACUUGGGUCAACCGUUUGGUGGUGAACGUAGCCCCCUAUGCUGCCUUUUAUCUUUGUGGCAGAGUCUGGAACUGGAUCCAUAUCGGCAUCUGGCCGCAUAUUCACGCACGACUACCCAGACCGGCUAGGAACGAACACUUGAUACCUCGUACGUCGAUUGAGCCGAGGACACCCUUACCCGAAGACGGAUGGCAGACUGCAGGCGAAUCGCCGACCCUUGGCGCUGCCGAUAGGGAAAUCCGCCACGGUCGGAGUCCUGAGCAGGACGUACCCACUUUGCAAGCCCUGGAAGGACAAGCCUCCGCUGCCGAUAAUGGCAUUGCUCUAGGUGCGGUCAGGAGGCAGAGCACCUUUUCGAGCCGAGGCGGCGAGCAAGAUUACGGCACGGACGAGGAGGAUGCUGAAAUGGUGAAUCCAACUUUGAUCAGCUUUGACGUCGACACAAGCGAGUCUAAUGAACAGCCUGCCGGCGUAUGGUCGGCGGAACUACGCCCGAGCUUUGGAGGGGAAGGUGGACAGCAGCCUGCUCACCAACCUGUUUACACGGUCAAUCCCCUUACGAGCCUUCCAGCCAUCCUGGCGACCGACAUUGUGACAAACUUUAUCACGUAUACCAUCUGUACUCCCUUUGAUACAAUGGCUAUACGAUGGGCAGCACGAUCAUUUGCUGAGCGACGUGGCCUUGUUCUUGAUGCAAUGUACCAAGUCAGCCUGCUGGAUGGACUUUGUUGGCGGACUGUAGGCAACAUCCUCGGACUCGAGAUUGUCAGACUUAUGAUUUCCGGUGAGAUCUGGGCUACCUUUAGUAUCAUAUCCCAGUGGCUUCACGUGACGGAAGAUGAGUGGAAAGAGUUCCAUCAGGAGGAAGAAGAAAGAGAGGCUAGUUUCCGCAUUCCCACCCCUGACGCGUUCUAG